AUGGCAGCUUCAGCAAAAUCUCUCACAAAUAGCAAUUGCACAACAGAUGGAGAUUGGACGGUUAUUUUACCCCGUCGUGGAAGACAAAGGAGAAAAGAUACUGAAGUUGAAAGAGUUUCCGAAGAAACACAAGAACCAUGGGCUCCAACAGAUUCUCAAAAAGAUCCAAUCAGAGAAGCAGCAUUAAUGCAGAGAAUGGAAAGAUAUAUUAGUAAGAUUGAGAACUCUCAGUUCUAUCAAACUUUCAGAGAUCAGAUUGAAACAUCAAUUUUGGAUUAUUUCCAUAUAGUUUUGGGCUCAGAGACAAGUAUGCAGAUGGUCAUUUACGGAAUCGGCAGCAUUGAAUUGUAUGAGCCGCCAUGUUUGCAGCUUAGCAUUGCAAUGUUGAUGAAACGAGAUUUAAAUUUGAUUGGAAACAUCGAGGUAUUUGAUCCUAUCCUCUCUGUAACUGAGUCUUGCGUUUUGGAAGCUCUUGGUUGUUCCGUCAUGUCCAUAAACGAGCAUGGGAAGCGAGAGGCUGUGAAGCCAACAAUGUUCUUCAUGCCUCACUGCGAAGCAGAGUUAUAUAACAACCUGUUGCAGGCAAAUUGGAAACCGAGUUUCUUAAAUAACAUGGUAUUAUUCGGGAACAGCUUUGAAGAAUACGAGCAGCAUGUGUCAUUGUGUAAGAACUCUCCUGUUCUGAACUCAGUAAAAUAUAUCUUGGCUGCCCGGAGUUUUACAGACGAAAUCAAAAUUGAAACAAUUCCUGAUGAUUAUUAUAACGCAUUCCAUGAUUCAAGUUGGCAUUUUUUCAGCCCUGUCCAUGAUACAGAGCUGCAAUUUAUCAAUUCUUGA